AUGGCCUGCUUAAACUUAAUUUGCAUGUUCUUGGUAAUUUCAAAUCAACUCGGUCUACACGUGCACCAAGGUGAUAUUCCUACUUCAUACGUGAAAGCGAAGAUGAAAGAGGUGAUACAUGUGCGUCAGCCGAGCGGACUUGAGGAAGAAAGCUCAACCAAAGUCUGGCUACUGAAGAUAGCCUUCUACGGCUUGAAACAAGCAGGCCGAGAGUGGAAUGCUGAAAUCAAUUCGUUCCUGUUGGAAUAUGAUCUCGUUCCCACGCGAGAAGACCGUUGCGUCUAG